AUGGGUAAAGGAAAGAAUAAGGUCUCUGAAGAUCGUGUACGUACGAGUCGUACCUCCAAUGGACAUAAAUCAAAGCACCAUAAUGUAAGGAAAGGUAGGCAAGAAACGGGUGCAAAUAUGGGAAUAUCAAAUGGAGAUGGUGAAACUGAAAAGCGUACAUUCCCGGUAAAGUUGGCCAUGUGGGACUUCGAGCAUUGUGACCCUAAAAGAUGCUCAGGGAAGAAGUUGGAAAGACUCGGUUUGAUAAAAAACUUAAGGGUAGGUCAAAAAUUCAGCGGAGUGGUUGUAUCACCAAACGGUAAAGGUGUGGUUUGUCCGGAUGACAGAGAAAUUGUUGAGGGAAAUGGUAGUGCUGUUGUAGAAUGUUCCUGGGCAAGAUUGGAUGAAGUUCCGUUCAAUAAGAUUGGUGGGAAGCACGAAAGACUUUUGCCAUAUUUGGUUGCUGCAAACCCUGUUAACUACGGUAGACCUUGGAAACUUAACUGUGUCGAAGCGUUAGCUGCUUGUUUUGCGAUUGUGGGUCAUUUGGAUUGGGCAGCAGAGUUGUUAGACAAUUUCUCAUGGGGCCCAGCUUUCUUAAAGAUUAAUAGUGAAUUAAUAGAGGUGUACCAGAAGUGUACUGACUCAGAUUCUGUGAAUAAAGCUCAAGAUGAGUGGUUGGAGAAGAUUCAGAAAGAAGCUAAAGAACGUAAAUUGCAGGGCCAGACUGAAGAUGUAUGGAUGAUGGGGAAUGUCAACAGAGAAACUGAAGAAGUGUACGAAGGAAGUGAAGACGACGAAGGUCACGAAAAUGAAGAUGAAGACGAUGAUGAAGAAGACGUAGAAUAUGAUAAUCUUGGAAACAUAAUACCGAAGAAACGAUAUGAUGCAUUGGGCAACUUAAUAGAUAAUGAUCAAGAUCAAGUGGAUGAAGAUGACGAUGAAGAAAAUACUGAAGAGAUCGACGAUGAUGAGGAAGAAGAAUUAUACGAUACUCUAGGCAAUUUGAUAAUCUCAAAAUAG